AUGCACGAUAUUUUUGAUGAUUCAACUUCUUCAACUCCUGAUGAUGAUAAAGAAUUAAGUUCAUUUUUAACUAAAACUACAGUUAAAAAACAUCAACAUUUCAAGAAUAAUCUUGAUAAUUUCCAAAUUGAAUUACCAUCAAUUUUUAAAAUUGAAGCUGAAAAAUUGAAUAAAAUUAAUUUGAAAAAUAAACAAAUUUCAUUAGAUUUGCAACAAAGAAAUGAUCAACUAACUAAAGAAUUUAAUGAUUUAGAAUUGGAAAAGGAGAAAUUAAUUAAUGAAUUAAAUGAUAAUGGUUCAAAUGGUUUAAAAAAAUAUUCAGAUGUUAAUUUGAUUGAAAAUUUGAUAAAAUUGGAUAGGUCAAGAAAUGAUGGUUUUGGUAUUUCAAGACAUUUUUAUUAUUUAAAAGAUACGGAGUAUUUAGAUCUUGGUGAUUUUAAACCCAUAAAUUUUGUUACUUUAGAGUUGAUUCAAAAAAAUCCAAAUAAAGUAUGGAAUAAUAUCAAAAAUUACAAGAAAUUUAUUUAUCAAGUUUUAGAUACUGUUUUAAAUCCAGAUAGAUUAAUGGAAAUUAAUGAUAUGAUAAAGGGGAAAAAUUUUAGUAGUAUAGACUCAAAAGAAUUUCAACAAUUAUUAACUGCUUGUGGUUGCGAUUCUGUACCUGAUAAAUUAAUUGUUAAAAUACAAGGAUUUAAUAAUUUCACACAUAUUCAGUUAAUGAGAUUAUCAAUUAUAUUUAAUACUUAUUUAUCAACUGAAAUAAUUGAUUUUAAAUUAGUUAUACGACACUUUUUAUUAAUUAUUUCCGAUUUUAAUGCCAACAAAAGAGAGUUACCAUCAUUAUUAUACUUCAUAGAUACUGUAUUCACUAGGUUGUUUAGUCAAUGUCCUAAUUUAGUAGAAUUAUUGGAAAAUCAAUUAUUUUCAAUCGAAACUGAGAUUUAUGGAGAUGAUAAAGUAAGAUUGAAAAGACAUAAGUUUGAAAUACAAGCAAAUAUUUUAAGAUUGUUAAAUACCACAUUUUCAAAAAACUUAAAAAUAUUACAACUAUUGAAUUCACUAAAUUUGAAAUUUGUUUUUGGAAAGAAUCAGUUUGAUACAAAAGUUUUAUUAAUAGAUAAAGAAAAUUUCAACAACGCUGAUUCAACAUUCAUAAACAAAAUGUAUUUAAAUCAUUAUAGAUUCGGGAUCCUUCCAUUUAUUAAUUCACCUUAUAAUGAUAGAACUGAAUUGGAGAUUUUGAUCAAAAAAUUUACUACUUUAAAAACCAAUUCAAUUGAUAUUAUUAAAAUUUUGAGUAGUGCAAAUACGAGUACAAGUGAUUAUUCAAGGGAAGAUUUAAUCAAAUUGACUACUGAAAACUUUGAAAAUACAAAUAAUCUUUGUAAGAAAUUGGAGUCUGAUUUAGAAUUUAUUAAUAAAGAUUCAUUUUAUUCUGAUUAG